AUGGCGAGAGCCACCCGAUCUACUAAACCAGCUCCUUCCGAAUCGAAAGCUUCAGAACCCAAAAUCAGUGGUUCAAAGUUCAGCAUUCCUCCCCGAGCAGAAAACGCCUCUAAGGUCUUUAUUCUUCCUUCGAAAGCCUCCUCCGAAGCGCGUAUUGUCACUCUUCCUCACCCCAGACAUGGCCAGCCUGCGAGAUACCUGGUGUGCCCCGAGACGGGCAUCUACGAAUUUACCAAAGUUGCAACACCGAAGACGACACCUCGUAGCUGGUUGAUUGAGGCCAUACCAAACUCUGCUUCCACAGAUAACACCAGCAAAAUUGGGGUGUCAAUGGGUCAGGAUCUCUACAUGGCUACGUUGAUCGACCCCCUAUUCCUAGUCCUCCCAGCAUUGACUGAAACCCAGUCAAAGGGCUCAGAAGGAAAACGGCUCUUUCUUUCCAGCGACGACCACUUCGACAAGCUACCCCAGGACUGUUCACAUCUGUCAGAUAUUUUGCGAUGCGACAAGACACGAAAACUCAUCGAGAGUCGAAUGGCUGUGGUUUGCGAUACUGUCGAUGCAGGAGACGAGAGCAUGUUCCGAUUAAAUGAGAGCAAACUGGCCAAGGUCGUUUUGCAAAAGGCUCAAAGGAUGCAGGAUGGGGGACUUGCUCCAACUAUGGAGGAGAAGUUUGUGAAGAAGGCUCUUGAGGCACCAAUUCUUGUGCAGAAACGAGAAACCACGGAGACUACAACGGUAGUAAAGACAGAGUCCCCAGCAACAGCUUCAGACUCGAACAAUUCUCAGUCAACCGCCGUCACAAUAGAGACAGCAGUCUCCCAACCUUCCACAGUAGCUACGACUAUGACAGAAGAGACUACCACCGAGAACAUCGUCAGCGCCAUUGAAGCCUCUUCUGAAAUUGUCUCUCUUCAAAGGUUGCGAGUCGCGUUCAGUUUCAUCUGCUCAGGUUACGUUGCCCAGACUCUCGCUACCCAGCUGGAAGAGCUUCUAAAGAAGGAAUCUCUGGUAGAUUUCUCACAUUUAGAGGAAUACUUGGAUAAAUUGGCCAAAUUACGUGCCGAAGCCAUGGCUGCACACUCUAUUGAUUACUCUCGCAAGCGUGGAUUGGAAGAUGAAGACGAGGCUUUUAUCAAGAAAAGAAAGAUGGAGGAGGAAAAGAGAAAGAAAGCACUAGAGAGCCGUGGUGUCCGGGAUCUCAAGAAAGUCAACACUAAGGGCAUGAAGAAGAUGAGCGACUUUUUCAAGAAGAAGUAA